AUGUCAUUUAAACUAAAAGAUGAUUAUAAAGAAAGCAAAAGUGAACUCAUUUUUCUUGAUUUGAGUGAAACUAUUAUUUUAACAAAAGAAGAUUUGGAUAAAACCAUAUCUAGAAUUCCUAAUCUUAAGCUUAGAAGUGAUCCAAUCGAUGAUAUAAUUGAUAAAAGAUUUAAUGAUUUACAGACAAUUCAAUUAUCUGGACAUUCAAAAUGUUUACCAAAAAAUAUUGAUUCAAAUUCCACGAGAAGACAAACACUUUUAGUAGAUUUCAAUACUACUAAACUAUUGCCAAAGUUUUCAUUUAAAAAUCCUAUACCGGAGUCAAUGUCUGGUUUGAAUUUAAAUGAUUUUUGUGAGACUGAUAUCGACUGGAAAAUGUUGACAAUAUUGAGACCUGAAACACAUUUAGAGGAACAGUAUUUUACAAAUUUAGUACAACUCUAUCAGUUAAGACAUAAGACUCGAUGUGAACUGGGAUUUGUCACUAAAGAAACCAUUUUUAAAGUGUCACGACAUCCAAGGGUUAUGCAAUACAAACCUUUUAAUUUUAAGAGAUUUGAUUCAUUUGGAUUCAAAUCAAUCAUCGAUAAAAUUCAAGAAGAUUUUACUUAUAAUGCAUUUGCAAGGGUUCCCAUUGAACCUCAAAGUACUACACCUUUGGAUGAUAUGAUCUCAGAUCCAGAAAUACAAUCUUUUAUAGAAAAACUUGAUUUGAAAUUAUAA